UUGUAUCAUCGGAACCGCGAUUUCUCUUUCCCUGGCAAAAAGAGAGUCGACGUAGCCUAUUAGUCUUCGUGCAAUUCUAAAAGCAAAACUGUUGCAGCUAUUAAAAUGAAUUUUAAAACGAUUUAAGGAUACGAAUUGCAGCGUCUUUACGAAGCUGUUGGUCAUUUGUUGCGGGGACAUUUGUCAAGGAAUCUGUGCAACAAAUUAUUGAUAGAAUAAAAAAAGUGAAAUAAUAUUUGACUCGCAGCGUGUGCUGUCUUUAUAAACGUUCGGUGUAGACUAGGCUCCUCACCUGGCUGUAAGAAUGCACCGAGUUCAAUUUAUGGCAUAUCGGUCUGCUAUUGCAGGUGCUCUUGAUCAGUAUCAAUUAUUGUCUUUGCAUUCUUUGAGUAAACCAUGUCAUAUACAGUCAAUAAGACAAAAAACACAAGGGUCCGUUGAAAAUUACGGCUUGAAGAGAUUUAGCACAGCGGAGGCAACUGUAACAACGAGCGAAAAUGGCAGGAUACGAGGGAGGACCUUGACGAUGGAGACGCUUAAUCCGCACGUAAAAGCAGUGGAAUAUGCUGUCAGAGGACCCAUUGUUAUCAAGGCAGGGGAGAUUGAAAAAGGGUUACAGCAGGGUGUGAAGAAGCCAUUCACUGAGGUAAUUAAGGCCAACAUCGGAGAUGCACAUGCCAUGGGUCAACCGCCAAUCACUUUCCUCCGGCAGGUGGUGGCUCUCUGCACAUGCCCAGAACUGCUAGACAGUCCCAUCAUUCCAGAAGACGCCAAACUGAGAGCUCGGCGUAUACUGCAAGACUGCGACGGAAACAGUCUUGGUUCUUAUAGUGCAAGCCAGGGGGUGGAAUGCAUCCGAAAGGACAUUGCUGCCUACAUACAGAAGAGAGACCAUGGGGUUCCUGCCAGCUGGGAUGACAUUUACCUCACCAGUGGGGCCAGUGAUGGCAUUUUGACCAUUCUGAAGCUGCUGGUGUCGGGACACGGUCGGACUCGGACGGGCGUGAUGAUCCCCAUCCCUCAGUACCCCCUGUACUCAGCAGCCAUCUCCGAACUCAAUGCCGUGCAGGUCAACUAUUACCUGGACGAGGACAACUGCUGGGCACUGGAUGUCAACGAGCUGCACAGGGCCUUCCGCACAGCCAAACAGUACUGCAAUCCCAGAGUGCUUUGCAUCAUCAAUCCUGGAAACCCCACGGGUCAGGUUCAGAGCAAGAAGUGCAUCGAAGAAGUCCUUCACUUUGCCUACGAGGAGAAGCUAUUUGUGUUGUCUGAUGAGGUGUAUCAAGAAAAUGUCUAUUCUCCAGAUUGCCGCUUCCAUUCAUUUAAGAAGGUCCUAUAUGAGAUGGGUGCAGAGUAUUUCAACAAUGUGGAGCUAGCGUCCUUCCACUCCACCUCCAAAGGCUAUACAGGAGAGUGUGGCUUCAGAGGCGGCUACAUGGAGGUGGUUAACAUGGACCCAGAGGUCAAGGCCCAGCUGGUGAAGCUGCUGUCAGUACGCCUGUGUCCCCCUGUGGCAGGGCAAGCUGCUAUGGAUGUCAUUGUCAACCCUCCGCAACCAGGAGAGCCCUCUUUUCCAAAGUUCCUUGAGGAGAAGACCGCUGUGCUUGGAGCCCUGGCGGAGAAGGCCCGGCUGGCCGAGCGGACCCUGAACGCUGUCCCAGGCAUCCAGUGCAGCCCCGUGCAGGGCGCCAUGUACGCCUUCCCCCGGAUCUUCAUCCCUCCCAGAGCUGUGGAGGAGGCCAAGGCUCUGGGGAUGACUCCAGACAUGCUGUACUGUCUGAGGCUGUUGGAGGAGACGGGGAUUUGCAUCGUUCCCGGGAGUGGAUUCGGACAGAAGGAGGGCACCUACCAUUUCAGGAUGACGAUUCUGCCCCCUACUGAGAAGUUGAAGCUACUCCUAGAGAAAGUACAGUCCUUCCAUAUCAGGUUUCUCCAGGAAUACUCUGCCAUCGAAGAGCCUUUGAGAUGAACACCAUGAAUACACUAACAUUUUACAGAACACUCAGUCUCAGCCAGAAAGUGCUUACCCUCAGUUUGAAAGACAAAUGUAAACUUAAAUUUAAGCAAGAAGUAAUGGUUGUUCUUCAGCAGGAAACUGUAGCCUGGAAGACUGAAUGCAUGGUUUACAAGCAAGCACAAAGUGUGCUUCAAACUGAAGAUAUCACAUUAUUUUGCAGCAAAACAUGCACAACCAGCCACUAAAGAAAUAAGCUUUUGAAUUAACUUUCAUUUACUGCGCUCCACAACUUUAUAUUUCACUCAUUUGUCAAGCUUGUUUCUCAGAAUCAUAUUGCUGCUUUUUCAGAAGCAAAUGUGUUGUUUACAGUUAUGUGAAAAAACAUUACUGCGUAGUAGCCAUUUACCUUGAAGUAGGCAUCACUCAUUUCAGCCCUUAAUUCUGUUCUUGGAAAUCAUACACAUAACUGUAUGUGGGAAAACAAAUCUGAUUUCUGUAGGAACCCAGUUAGAUACACCAAGGUAUACAUUGAUAUGUUUAUUACUACAUAAUUGUAGUAAGAGCAGAUGGCGGGUAACCGAGAUGUGAAUGAGUUUUUAGUCAAGCUAUUUUUAUCUUUUUAUUAAAUAUGUAUGCAUGAACUAUUCAAGACCAAUCCACUACCAGGGGAAUUGAAAUGGUAUAUCUCACUCUUAAGCAGUAAGUGCAGCAUCUAUAUUUCCAAUCUAAUACCAAAGUAUCAGUUACGCUUACUACAACUGCCUCAUAGUAGGAGCUUGUGCCAUGCAAAAAUAGUGGUUCUGGUGCAAUGAAGGGCACGUUUUUCAGCUAGAAAGCUUCUUAUUGAGUGAAUGUCUUGCUUCUCCUUGAACAUCUGACCUUCAUUUUUCACUUUAUUGAAAACAGGAGGAGAGAACUUACUAUGCCAUAUCAUUUUAUUUGAAUGCAGGGAAAUUGCUAUUUAUUUUUGACUGUUGUACACAUUACAGUUAGGUGCUAAGCUAUUAUAUGUUACAGUUUGGUAAGCUGUUUAAUCUGUACCAGAGGCUCAAAUAUGAAUUAUCUCAAUAAACAACAAAAUCAAUUAUCUCAAAAAACAGCAAAUUUGUUUGAGUAACCUUUGCAUACACUGACAAUUUAAUAAAGUAAUUAUGAAUUUA